UGUUUAAAUUAUUACAAUAAUUCUAAAUGUAGACAAUUUUAUAUUGGCUAUGUGGCUUCUUCAACGAUGCAAUGGCUCCGUUCAUUGCGAACGUGCGUUGUCUUUAUUGGUUCGGCGUUAUUUUAACGCUGGCGUUACAAGACUUCCGGAUUAUAGCUACCCGAAUCACCGCCUAGAUAAAGUAUGUAUUACUGGAAUAUCGCAAUGUUCUGGUAUUUUAAGUAGUUCCCUAUGUUCUAGGCACUUCUCAUCCGGAAAGCGGGAUGAUGGUAACUCUGAUGAGGAUGUAGAAGCUCAGAGUGAUACGAAUGACACUACAGAGCCUGUGCAAUCAUUUGAAUCAAUGCUGCAGGGCCAUCCCAGUAUAGUGGUUGAGUUCAUAACAGGUAAGAAGUUUGGCAAGAAUCGUAUGGGACGCAAUGCUGGUGGUACUAAAAUCCGUCGUUUACCUAUACCUAUAAAAGAAGACUUUGUGGGCACAUUGUCUAGUGACUCUUCAUUUGGGAUGAACACUCUUAAUACAUUUUCCAAGGGUGACAGUGACAAUUCUUCUGUUGAACCCAAGGGAAGCUCUGAGCCAGAAGGUACGGGAAAUGGCAACAAUGAUGGGACCGCUGACGCUGUGGUGUCAGAGGAAGAUACUCUGAAAGACAUUUCUGAAGAUCCCGUGUCUGAUGGAGACAAGGAUCUAGAGAGCGGCUCUACGUCAAUACAAAGUGGCGAAGACCAUUCUGAUGGCAAGCCUGCAGACGGCUCUAGUGAUGAAAUCAUUGCUCCCGCUCAUAUAAAGUUACCCAUACUUCAUUUCCAUACUACCACUCGUUUACAUGCUUUACCUGCUUUGGCUAUGUUUCAGAAACCUGCAUUUCCUGGUUUCUAUCAGGUCCUACAUAUUCAGAACCCAGCAGUUCUUCAGUGUUUAUCAAGUAUUAAGCAAAGUUCUGGCAAUGAAUACGUUGGUGGUUUUUUGACGAAGACUGUCCACUCUCGUGAUUUGCACAAUCCUGGGUUACCUGUCUUACGUGACGAUGCUGGUGCUGUCCACUCAUAUGAGGAGAUGCACCGCCAUGGUACUUUGCUACAGAUUAUUACAAUCACACCUCACGUAUCACAUCAGGGUGGCCAGGUUAUUCUUAUGCCGUAUCGUCGUAUUAAGAUGACAGGAAUCCAUGCUGAGCCUAAUGAUUCGUAUCCUCUAUUCCGGGUAUCUAUUGAUUACGUUGAGGAUGACCCUAAGAGCUUUGAGGACUCUCGUGUUACUAAGGCGCUUCACCUAGAGAUCAUCGCUACAGUGAAAGAGUUGAUAAAAACGUCUAACUUUUACAAGGAGCAUUUUGACCACAUAAUUCGUAUAUACAACCUUGACAAUCCAUCACGCAUUGCUGAUUUGAUUGCUGGUAUUUCAAUGGCCAAGCGUGACCAGUUGCAAGCUAUACUUGCUGAGGUUAACCUAGACAAGCGUCUUGCAAUGGUCCUUGAGGUUGCCAGGACUGACCUUGAGUUUGCUAAGGUACAGGCUGAGGUGAAAACUCAGAUAGAGGAGAAGAUGUCUCGUGAGCAGCGGAAGUACAUAUUAACAGAGCAGAUGAAGAUGAUACGUAAGGAACUUGGUCUUGACCAUGAUGACAAGGGUGGUUUGAUUGAGCAGUUUGAAUCCGAAUUCAGUGGUGUGGAGUCUCACAUGUCUAAAGAGGCUAAGGAUAGUUUCAAAUCCAGUUUAUCUCGUUUACGUCAACUUGAGGCUUCUAGUGCUGAGUUUGGUGUAUGUCGAUCACAUUUAGAGUGGCUUUUGGGUUUACCUUGGGGCACGUACACUAAGGACUCUAGCGACAUUCUAAACGCCCAGAAGGUUCUGGAUAAACACCAUUUUGGUCUUAAAGAUGUAAAGACUAGGUUGAUGGAGUACAUGGCUACAUCAAUACUAAAGGGCAAUGCCAGUGGCAAGAUAAUUUGUUUGUGCGGUCCCCCUGGUGUUGGCAAGACGUCUAUAGCAACUGCAGUUGCUGAGUUAUUGAAUCGAAAAUUAUAUAGAUUCUCUUUAGGUGGUUUAUUUGAUGUUGCUGAAUUGCGCGGUCAUAGGCGCACUUAUGUAGGUGCUCUUCCUGGCAAGUUUGUUCAGGCUCUUAAGUACACCGGGUCUAUGAACCCUUUAAUAGUUCUAGACGAGAUUGACAAGCUGGGUCGUGAUGCCCGUGGUGAUCCUGCAUCAGCUCUUUUGGAGGUUUUGGAUCCAUCCCAGAACGAGUAUUUCCGUGACUAUUAUUUGGACAUUCCUGUUGACUUAUCACGUGUGCUAUUUAUUUGUACUGCUAAUGCCGUUGACACUAUUCCCGGUCCUUUGAUCGACCGCAUGGAGAUUAUAAACAUUCCUGGUUACUUACCUGAGGAGAAGCUGGAGAUUGCAAAGAACUACUUGGUGCCUCAGACUUUGAAGUCAACUGGCUUGACUAGCGAUGUUAUAUCGUUACCUGAUGAGACUAUCCGUGCUAUUGUGGAGCACUACUCCCGUGAAGCUGGUGUGCGCACAUUACUGCGAUGCAUCGAAAAGAUAUACCGCAAGGUUGCGUUAUCUAUUGUGAUGGACAAUGCUGGGAAGGUGAGCGACGCUGGUAGCACAUUGACUGUCGCUGUAUCUAGUGAGACAUCGUCUGAUAACUGUGGACUUUUAACUGGUGUUGACCCGGUGGUUAUCUCCAGUGACAAGUUGCAGGGUUAUUUAGGUGUUCCUACUUAUACCAAGGACAGUCUACAUCCAUAUCCGUUACCUUACGGUGUAGUCAUGGGCCUUGCGUGGACCAAUGCUGGUGGCGCUACAAUGUACGUUGAGGCUCGGGGCCAGAUGGUUGACAAACGCGGAAACUUGGUAGAGCCUGAUCGUGAUACCAUCCCGUUAUCACCAGACACCCAAGUAGACGAGGUACAGUCAUCUGAUGUUGAGAAUCGUUUUGGAACAUUCCACGGGACUCUUAAGGUUACUGGCCACCUGGGUAACGUCAUGACAGAAAGUUCCCAGAUAGCGCUUACAUUUUGCAAGACUUUCAUUCGUAAACACCAGCCACGGAAUUUAUUUUUAGACGAGGCUCACAUCCACAUCCAUGUUCCUGAGGGUGCUACGCCUAAGGACGGUCCUAGUGGUGGUAUUACAAUGGCAUCUGCCUUGGUAUCAUUGGCUGCCAGGAAACGCCUGAAGCCGCAGUUGGCCAUGACUGGCGAGUUGACGCUAUCAGGCAAGGUAUUGCGUGUUGGUGGCAUAAAGGAGAAGCUUAUCGCUGCUAUUCGUGAGGGUGUAACCACUGUGGUUCUUCCUAAGAGCAAUGAACCUGACGUCUGCGAGUUGGAAGAAAGUAUUGUUUCGAGGUUGUCGAUUAUUUAUGUGGACAAUUAUGACGACGUUUACGAUGCUGUUUUUGAGCAUUGAUUUGGAUUUGCAAUUCAGAUGUUCUGCUGUCUUGAUUGUAUCUUUAAUCCUGGACAAAAUCGCUGAAGUCCUUAAUGGAACCAUAGAC